CUAAUUAAACCUAAUAUAUUCAUUUGUUUUUCUUUUGGAACUUAUUUAAAUUAGUUGCUUUCGUUUUAUGACGUGACUUAACCAUCGAGGCGCACUGUUCAAAACCUCGAGGAUGACACAGUUCUUACCACCUAAUUUGUUGGCGCUUUUCGCACCACGAGAUCCAAUCCCUUUCCUCCCACCAAUAGAGAAACAUGCAAAUCAUAGGAAAUUACCAUAUACCGGUGUAGCUCAAUUCUUGGGAGAGUUUGAAGAUGCGUCUGAAACUCCGGCCCCAGUGCGCAUAGAAACUCGUGAGGAACGUAAGGAAAGAAAAGUAAGUUUUGAUGUUAUGUUAUUUGUCCUACAGCGUCGAGAGAAACAAGAGCAAGCCAAUUAUAAACUUGAACAAGAUCUCGCAUUAUGGAAUCCUAAGAAAAAUCCGAAGGCUACUUCUAAUCCUUACAACACGAUGUUCGUAGCCAGACUUAACUAUGACACCACAGAAUCCAAACUAAGGCGGGAACUUGAUGUCUUCGGGAGGAUUAACAACAUUGUAAUGGUAAAGAAUGUUAUAACGGGGAAGCCUCGUGGAUAUUGUUUUGUGGAGUUUGAACAUGAACGUGAUAUGCAUGCCGCCGUCAAAGCCCUAAAUGGCAGAAAAAUCGAUGGUGUCCGCGUUGUGACAGACGUUGAACGGGGAAGGACUCGUCCUGAUUGGAGGCCUAGGCGUUUAGGCAAGGGCUUAGGUAAGAAUCGCCAAGGACCAACUGACAAGCCUCAUCGCAGACAUGAAAAUGGACGUGAUCCCAGUCAUGAUCGCAGUUUCGGUCGACCUAUCUCAAGUGCACAUGUUCGUGAUCGCGACAAAGAGUACAGACGAAGGCGCAGUCGAUCUCGGAGUAAAUCAAAAGAACGUGAUCGACGCGGUCGUAGCCGGAGUCGAGACCGACAUCGGAAACGCCGGAGUCCAGAUGAGCGGGAUCGUGAUCAUAAGCGCCGUGACCGCCGUCGGGAUGAUAUGAUUCGGCAGUAUGGAGAGUAUGGUGCUGAAAUUAGGGCGGAAUACAAUGGAGAUGCAUAAAACACCUUUUCGAGUCACUCUGUAUUAAUACAAAAUUCACUUGUGUGCAAAAAAUUAUAUAUUUUAAGAAAGCUGUACAUUAAAAAUGAAUGUCAAUAAACUUGUUGAAAAUAUUAA